AUGAACACAAGACUCCUUGCUGCUAUAGCUCUGGCAACCUCAGUUGCGGCCCAGCACAGAGACAUCUCGUCGUGCAGCGCCCUCUCAUGCAUCAAUUCCGAAAGCCAGGGUGUGUGCUCGUCGGGCAACUCACCCCGCUUUGUUGGAGUGGGAAUGGUACCUGAAGUGCUCGACGUCGCCGAUGAGAAGCUUUCGCUUACUCUCGUUGAUGGGAGCCCGGAUGGCAUCCUCGCUAGCCAGCAAGGCUAUCAAUUUUCAACUCAGACGCUGUAUGUCGGCGUGCCAGCCAACUUCAACUCCAGCAACCAGGAGGCCGGCUGCGCCCUUAUGAUGCAGUAUCAGGAGCAAACAUUUGAGCUGUCCGAAGACGACACGCAAAACACAACUUCUUGCAACUCGGUCAUUUCUGACGGUUGUCAGAACAACAUAGCAACUUUGGUGGAGCAAUUCCGAUACACUACGAACGGUCAGAGCAACAACACCGGAAGCGCCUCGUUGCCACGAUGCGAGUCCCUAGCGCAGUUCCUCAACACCAACAUCCACCACGAACUGUCCUUCUGCGACCGCUUCGCCGGCCACAUUAACAUCACCGCAGGCCCUAUCUCCGGCGAGGACCUUUCUCCUAGCCCAGUCCAGCUCCAGAACGAAGGUUGCCAGCCCGUCAUGCCCGAGAGCUACGAGCUGCGCAAGGUAGCCGAGAUGCGGCAGAUUCUUCCCACAGGAGAUAACAGUGGCCAAUCUCUGGGUGGCCGCUCUGGCGUGACUCCCGUUUUCACCGUUCUAUACGACGAUGAGAAUGAUAACAGCCCAGAGGUGCAGUUCACCUGCAUGAAGACGUUCACCGCUGAGGGUGAGGAGAUGCCUGAUUCGUUGAACGGCAACGACGACAAGAGUGGUGCUGUUUACACAGGCCAUGGUGCUACAGCCGCAGUCGCUGCGACUCUUCUUAGUUUUAUCUUCCUUCUCGGUUGA